AUGUCCGACCAGAACUUCCACACUACUCGCCAGGACCUGCGUAAGGCAGAGUCUCGCAUCGCUCAACAUGGUGGUAACAACCCUUCCGACUCCAAGCUCUCUCAGAUGAAGGUGAUCCAUGGUCGAUCAGAACACCGACAAGUCCAAGCAGAUCGACCAGGCCAAGGCCAACCUGCCUCUCCCCGACCAGCCCCCGUCGCCAGUGACUGGAAUUCCUCCGACCAGCGAACCGUCAAUGUCGGCUCUGGUGGUAUUGAGGGCCCUAUCUCUGGUGACAACGACACCGCCCUUCGUGGGCCCGCCACUGCAGGUAGCAGUGCCCGUGUUGAUGGUGCCGAACUCCACAAGCCCACAGCACCCCUGAGCAAUGUUGGCCGUCAACGUGUCGAGGGUCUGGAGAGCUUGCCCGCGGAUGCUACUACUCGUUAA